UUCUAGGACCUCUGUGACCGUCAACGAAAGAUGCAAGUCACAGGCAGCCUCGGAUCAGAGCGAAAAAUCAGACAGAGGACAGAAAGGAAAGAAACCUAGCAGCCCCCAGUGUACAAGGAAAACUCCAUAUUAGCAAACACUUAGGAUCCCCCGCCGGAAGACAGCAGGUUGCCUCUGACUACACAGAGAACGCAGAGCACCUCAAACAGGAACUUUAAAGGGACUGAAAUCUGUUGCCUGUUCCACUAGGAAUAUUGUUUGCAAGGCACAAGGUGUCUCUUGGUAGUGAGCACCCUCUGCGCAUGCGCAAGUCCAUUCGGGAAUUACUGCCCAGCCGCUGACUAAGUUGCAUUCCUUGAAUCUUCGCAGAAAAGACAAUUCUUUAAUCAGAGUUAGUAAUGUGGACAGUACAAAAUCGAGAGAGUCUGAGGCUUCUCUCUUUCCCUGUGAUGAUUGCCAUGGUCUGUUGUGCACACAGCGCCAAUGAACCAAGCAACAUGUCAUACGUGAAAGAGACAGUGGACAGAUUGCUCAAGGGAUAUGACAUUCGCUUGAGGCCGGACUUUGGAGGGCCCCCCGUGGACGUCGGGAUGCGGAUCGAUGUCGCCAGCAUAGACAUGGUCUCCGAAGUGAACAUGGACUAUACACUCACCAUGUAUUUCCAGCAAUCUUGGAAAGACAAAAGGCUUUCUUAUUCUGGAAUCCCACUAAAUCUCACCUUAGACAACAGAGUAGCUGACCAGCUCUGGGUACCAGACACCUACUUUCUGAAUGACAAGAAAUCAUUUGUGCACGGGGUCACAGUGAAAAAUCGAAUGAUCCGACUGCAUCCUGAUGGCACAGUUCUCUAUGGACUCCGGAUCACAACCACGGCUGCAUGUAUGAUGGAUCUUAGAAGAUACCCUCUGGAUGAGCAGAACUGCACCCUGGAGAUUGAAAGCUAUGGUUACACCACUGAUGACAUUGAGUUUUACUGGAAUGGAGGAGAGAAAGCAGUAACUGGAGUUAAUAAAAUUGAGCUUCCUCAGUUCUCAAUUGUUGACUACAAGAUGGUAUCCAAGAAAGUGGAGUUCACAACAGGAGCAUAUCCACGAUUGUCAUUAAGUUUCCGUCUAAAGAGAAACAUCGGUUACUUCAUUCUGCAAACCUAUAUGCCUUCGACACUGAUUACCAUUCUGUCCUGGGUGUCAUUUUGGAUUAAUUAUGAUGCUUCUGCAGCCAGAGUCGCACUAGGAAUCACCACAGUGCUGACGAUGACAACCAUCAGCACUCACCUCAGGGAGACCCUGCCCAAGAUCCCUUAUGUCAAAGCAAUUGAUAUUUAUCUGAUGGGUUGCUUUGUAUUUGUCUUCCUGGCUCUGCUGGAAUACGCCUUUGUAAAUUAUAUCUUUUUCGGUAAAGGCCCUCAGAAAAAGGGAGCAAGCAAACAAGAUCAAAGUGCCAAUGAGAAGAACAAACUGGAGAUGAAUAAAGUUCAGGUGGACGCUCACGGCAACAUUCUCCUCAGCACCCUGGAAAUCAGGAACGAGACCAGCGGCUCCGAAGUGCUGACGGGCGUGAGCGACCCCAAGGCCACCAUGUACUCCUACGACAGCGCCAGCAUCCAGUACCGCAAGCCCAUGAGCAGCCGCGAGGGCUACGGGCGCGCCCUGGAGCGGCACGGCGUGCCCAGCAAGGGGCGCAUCCGCAGGCGCGCAUCGCAGCUCAAAGUCAAAAUCCCCGACUUGACUGACGUCAAUUCCAUAGACAAGUGGUCCCGAAUGUUCUUCCCCAUCACCUUUUCUCUUUUUAACGUCGUUUAUUGGCUCUACUACGUACACUAAUGUCUGUCUUAACGGUUCGAUUUAGACUUGUUUCCUCUCCUCUUGGUUUUAACCCCGCAGGUCCCCAACAGCGACACUGCUGUGUCUUUCGAGGUAAGAGAUGCAGCCAUCCCAUUGAUUUUAGGUCUUGUGUACUGACUUUAUUAAUGCACCGUGUUUACUUCGAGAAAAACAAAACAAAACCAACGACAACUGAUUUUUUCCAGUCUACUGUGGUCCAGGUUAUCAGCUCUUGACAGAGCUCUAUUAAUUGCCAUGUUUACAAACAUAGACAAAGAAGGCAGAUAGGUAGAUCUUUAGCAGUCUUCCCUAGUUCCCCCGGAUUUUACUGAUUUACUUUUUAAAUGAAAACAAAAAAGAGGACCUUGCUGAACCUCUGCAUUUCUUCCUGGUAAACUGAAACAAUCUCACGUGCCAAAACAACCAAAACCAAAACGAAAACAAAAAAUCAAAAGUGCAACAAAACAAAGAAAUUGCUACAGCCACAAUUUCCAAGAUCUCAGAAGACAAAAAAAAAAAAAAAAAAAAAAAAAAAGCCAUUGAUAAUUAUAGAUUUCCAGGAAGAGGGGAAAGCCAAAGGGAGCUUCCUAGUCCCUUUGUUCUUAAAUUCCCCCAGAACCCUUGUAGAGGGGAUCUGGGUUCCAUGUAUGAGGAGAGAGGAUUUGGCAAGAGUGGGUCACGGCUGCUCACACUCAGCCCUCACCUUCCCCUCACCAGAGCCUGAUUUCCUUAGAAAUGCUUCUUUCUCAGAAGUCCCCACAGAUGUACAAUGAAGGUUAGAACUCGGUCUGGUAAAACUGACAGCCAUUGAGAAUGUUUUUCUUUUCUUCUUGAGAAUAAAGGGUUGGGGCGGAGGGUUAGCGACACUUUCUUACUGAACAUUUCCAGUGAGAAGCCCUGAAUUCAUUUCAGGAGUCUGAAAUCCUUUGGGGUUGGGCUAUGAAGCCAUCCUAUGACAUUUCCACAGUUCCUUCUCCAGAGAGAUAAAAGAUUUGUGAGAUAAGGUGAGCAGACCUUUGAAGGAGGGGAAGGGAAGCAAUUUUUGCUUAAGAAAAAUGUUGCUCUUUCUGUAAGGAAGGCAAGAUGCAUGUUCUGUGAAAGGGUGCCUAUGCAGUUAUCUGAACUGCUGGAUCUCAAAUCAAAUAGAAUAUGUUCCUAGCCUUCCAGAUAGUAGUAUCUGAAGGUGACAGGCUCAUCCCACAGGCCUCGGCUGACACAUUGUGGGUCUGCUCUCCGAACUCUGCAUUCCAAGCUAUGGAAUGAAUGGCUGGGGAAGUGUACGCUCACUCGUAUGGGUAUGGUUCUCCUCCAAGGUCCAAAACCAGAUAAAAACAACAGCAGUGACAAAAGCACUGGGCUUUCAAGCAUGUGCACCAGCCCCCAAAACUGCAGAACCUGCCACACUCAUAAUCACUGUCAUUCUUGCUCUGGGUCUUCGUUGUCCUGACCUUCAUUCAAUAGUAUAUGUAACACAUUUCUAAAUAUGUCCAACCAGCUGCAGUUGAAGUUUUUCCUAUUUUAUGUCAUUUAAAUCUCAUUUUUUCCAUUUGUAUAUCUGAAACUUCUGUAUAUUCAUUUGCAAGGUUGACUGAGAAACCUACAUUGACCAACAGAAAUGUGAUUUGGCACCUGAUCCGUGAAUGUGACACAGAGUUGAGGUAUUACUAGGGAAAAUUGUCUCAUUUGGUGAGCUGACUUUCUCCCUAAAUUUGUGGGGAGGGUUUACAAAUAGAACAUAAACUACUGGAAAUUAUGGUCAUAAUUGGAAAGAUAAGACUGAAUUUCUACUGAUGAGCCCAGAGAGUGUUAUGAUAUAUUCUUUUAGAAAGUAAGAGGAAAGGGAAACUCUCAAAUAAAUAGGGAUGGCUGAAUCAUAUACAUUAAUAAUAAUACAAAACACCAUUUUAACUAGAAAAAAAAAUGAUCUCAAUGGUUUCAUGAGGAAUUAGUAGAGUUAUGGGGAUCAGACUUUUAAUUCAGGUUUUCAGUUGUUGUGAACACACUUCCAUGGUCAAAGUAAUCCCUAGCCUAUGGGAAAGAAGACAUCUACUUUGAAAUUCUGUUCAAUUCUUUGGCAGGGUGAGAUGCUUUGCCAUUGUAAAAUGCCCAAAUAGGAUAGAAUGUGGUCAUGUCAGUGAUUGUAAGGUAUUAAUACUCCUAAUGACCAUCCAGGAAUCACUGUGUAGCCAUUUAUUUUAAAUAUAGGAAGAAACAUUUCUGACUGGUGCCUAACAGAAAUGACUAAUUCUGAUGUCGAAGCUCUUUAAGAUGCUUUUAGUGAGAAAAUGUUAAAUCAGAAAGUAAGUAUCCAUAAUCUUUGCUCCUUAACAAAACAAUUUAUCUGCUUAGAUCAUUCUUCUUGGAAAAGAUUGAAGUAAUUUGUACUUUCAUUGUUAUCUCUGUCUUACUUUUGAAAAGCUAAAGUAUUUUUUCCUGUCGUUUUACACGUAAAACAUCUUCUGAAAACAAGAGAGAGAAUAUUUUGAACUGUUAUAUUUUAACCUUUGUAAAAUGUAAAGUUAAAACUGAAUCUACCCAUGGGACACAAAGCAGUAUCUUCCUCUCAGCAGUAUGGGGAUCACAGCCACAAUUAUGCAUAUUUUAUCAGACAGCUUUAAUUUUAGAGGCAACAGCAACCAGGUGAACAGAGACAUUUCUGUGUUCGUGGCUAAUGACCUCUGUUCCCAGUUCCUUCUUUUGCACACUUUCCAGACCAAUCCUUCCCUUCUUGGCUCUCCUCUUGGCUAAAUCUGUCCCUCCAAGGUUGAGCAAAGCAUGGGGAAAAUUUUUUUCUUCUCUGGCUGUCUGGCCUUGACUUGCCCAAAAUGGUGUACAUAAAACAAUUGUGAACCAUUCUUAAAUGCCUUCAUAGUGGUUCCUAUUCUUUAAAUAUUCCAAUUAUUACAUUAUACAAGGGUUAUUACUUAAUUACUCUUGGAUUGCUUUCUUUUUGCCAUGAAAAUAGCCAUAAUCCCCUGUAUUACUAAAGUGGCAAAAGAGAUUGAAAACUCCACAGCCUCACAGUCACGUCCAGGGAACCCCACGCUCACAGUUCAUCAACUGUGACGCCAACUGUGUAGAUUUAACAUGUGCAGAUGCAGCAGAAAUCCCAUCUUUCACUUGACAGUGGGGACUAUCCACUUAUUCCUUCUAUACAUGUUAUUUGGCUUAAAAUUCACAGAGAUGACAUGCAUGUUACGCUUACCAAUUCUGUGAAUCAAAGACCCAGGUAAAGACCUAUUUGAGCCUGAAUUAUCCAGAAUUAUUGCCUGCAUCUUCUCCUUCACCAAAACAAAAGAACAGCCCGGUUGGUUCGUCUGCCUAUUGAAUGACCUGUGUUUCCAUACACACCAUUUUUAUUGUGCAUUACAAUCAAUAGAGGAUCUUGAAAAUGCAAACAGAAAAAUAUGGUGCAGACCUUAAAUUUGGCUUUUUUUUUUUGAGGUAUUAUGCACAAUACAUAGAAAUACGGACUAAAUUCCAUCUUUCUAAAAUUCAAUGACUAUUUUAUAAAUAUUCAUUUAGGAAAGAGCUCAAUGAUGAUCUGCCAAGUUAAACAAACAAAGUUGUGUAUAAUACUUCUGGAAGGACGUGAUCACCAAAAUUUCUUAUAUGGACAAUUUUGACUAGUACCUUACCAAACAGUGAUGUGUCACCAUUUCUUUUCCUAACUAAAGUAUAAUCAUAUGUCCCAGAAGGGAGACAAAAGGAAAAUUCAAGCAUGAGUUCAAGCUAGUGCAAAUCAUCAGGUUGCUGAAAUAAACAGCAAAAUAAACAAACAUAUAUUUCCUGAAAGCCAGCAGAAAACAAAAAGCAAAAUUUGUUAAUGGAAACCGAAUGUAGAUUAUUGUGUAAACUUCCUUGUAAAUUCUGUACAUAGUUCAUUGAACUGUUCCCUGUGGCGUGGUGGUCCUCAGCUUUGGGUGGAUGUUUGAAAAAUCUGAACAUUGUAAAUAACGUAAGCUUAUAAAGCAUCUGUUUUUAUUCACGAA